AUUGAAGGACAAAAAGCUACAAAAAUUAUAUCAAAAUAAAUUGAAAUUUAUAAUACAAAUCACAUUUAAUUUAACAACUUCUUUAAAUAACCAAAUCAAUGUUCCUCGGCAAAAUGGUUAAAGAUUUUCUUGACUCUAUUAAAAAUUCAAAUCAACCCCAAACUAUGGAAAAGUCCCAGGAGAAACCACCACGUACAAAUAGUACAAAUUAUAAAACAAGUAGAAAAACAAAGCAAUCGCAUAUUAAAAGCUCCCUUAACGUAGAUGAUAUAACUGAUAGCCAACUACCGCAAACUUCCACAGGAAAUCGGAAAUCUAAAGACAACAACAAACCCUUAAUACCCACAAAAGUUAAAUCGGGUAGUUGGAAACGUUCGGAUAAAUCUAUUGCCCCUUUUAAUACCUUGACCAAUAAAAAACAUAAAAAUUUACGCAAAAAAUCACCCAACUGGUUGAAAUUUCCAAAUGGCAAGGGGAAAAUACUUGAAACAACUGCAUUAGCUAGUGGCAAAGAACCCACUUCUGCCUGUAGACCGGGCACAUUAUAUUCCGAUGUAUUAUUUGGUGCUGGUUGUUCAAAUUUGGUAAAAAUUAAAAAUGUAACUCCGCGUAGUGGUAAGCAGACUGAAACUGCUCAAAAAAAGUUAACAAAAGCUUUAUUUAAAUUUAACGGAAGUCAUCAGGAAAUGGAAACUUCAGAUGAUAGUGAAAUAGAGGUUAAACGAAAUUUAUUUCCGGCUUUACAAAAGGUUAAUAAAAUGGUCACACCUUUACUGAUAAACACCCCAGAUACCCCGAACAGUAUAACAAAAGAUGAUUUAGCUACUACUAGCUUCAAAAACUGUAAUAAGAAUUUGGGUACUGAAGAUGUCAAGGAUGCUGUUAUACUCUCAGAUUUUAAAGAUUUAUGUUUAACUAACAAUGAGAUAUCCUAUGGCAAUUAUUUGGAAGGUUGCGCCCAGCAUUUAAAUGGCAAAGUGGAACUUGAAGCUGGCCCUUCCUCUUCCACUUGUCCUCUGGACCGACAGUUUUUGGUAUCUUCUAUUACAAAUAUACCCAAGUGGAAUUUUAUAACUGCUGAAACCGGCGCUGAAGCUUUUCCCAAGUUUAUGUGUCAGUUUGAUGAUGAAAAUUAUUUAAAAGCCGAAAAAAUGGCCUGGCUGGGUCUGAAAUUAGCAUUGGGAAAUAAUUCGUCUUAUGAUAAGGCUAAAUUUUAAAGAAGAGUUGAUUUUGUUGGUUUUUAAAUUGGAGUUAAUAGCUCUCGCUCAGAAUGAGUUUUCAUAGAUUUCAGAGACGGUGCUCAAUAAAGGCAAAAUUUAAAUUACAAACGGUACAACAUUUCAUCUCUAAGCAUGUGGAGUUUUAUUAAAAUCGUGCUAAACAUUUAAAAAUAAAAUACUUAUUU